AUGUACCUGAGCGCCAUACGGCAGAACAAUGUGCCAAGUCUGAAGUGCGCAGCUCACACGCUUCAGCUGUGCGUUCACAAGGCGCUCAGCGUGACGGGCGUGGAGCGACUGCUAGCCGCCUGUCGUCGUACUGUGGGUCACUUUAAACACAGUUCGAACAACCAGGCCGUCCUUUCAAAACAUGCCGCUGAACUCGCAGCACCUAAGAAGAAGCUUCAGCAGGACAUCGCAACACGGUGGAACAGCACGUACAUAAUGAUAACCAGCCUGCUUGAACUGAAGGAGCCUUUGCGCCGCUCCAUGGAGGACAGCAGUACCAUAAAAUCGUCGAUUCCCCACCUCACAGACGUCGAUUGGGACAUGUUGGAGCAGCUUCGGGAAGUUCUGAAGCCCCUGCUCGACAUUACUGAGCUCCUUAGAGGGGACAAAAAGCUAAAACAAAUCGUCAACCUAUGUUUUUUCAAUCUGAUAACAAGCUCACACAAUUGCGAGCUUCAACGCUACUAUAACCUGAGUACAUCAAGGCUUUCCCAGCUAACACAUGCGUCUUCGGACGACGAUUCUACUGAUCUGACGCCCAAGAAAAAAAGAAAAUACGUUUUCUCGGAGGAAAACGAAGAGCCCACCAUCUCCUGCCAAGUGUCGCUUUAUCGAUCGAUGGCCGAGGUGACGGACGAUGAACUGGACCCCCUACAGUGGUGGCGAGCUCGGGGCUCUCUGUUUCCUCAAAUUGUGCCAAUUGUGAAGAGGGUGAUGUGUGUCCCAGUCACCUCAACGCCCUGCGAGCGUCUGUUCAGCGCAGCAGGGAUGAUCGUCAACAAACAAAGAAACUCGCUCCUGCCGGAAAAUGUCAACAAGGAUCAUUUUAAACUCGUGAAAACGAAAGAGAAUGGGAACAUUGAUGUUAGGUGUCUGAAGGGCGCCCUGAAAAUCAAGAUCAUCUCGGCGUCCGUCACUUGCACGUCUAAUCUCAGAAAGCAUUUGAUGAGGCCUCACAAGGAAGCACUAAAGAGUGUCAACAAGAGCAAGAAGAAUGUCGCCGGGGUAAAACGGAAAGCCGCGGUACCCAAGGAAAGACCCGAAUGUAGCACAGGGCCUCCACAACAUAGAAUAGCAGCAGUCCAGCCAUCAGUGGCAGACUGCAUCAGGAGCUCGAAGUCCCCGUUCGGCCAGAGUACGAGUACUUAG